UAUUUACUUCUUCUUCUCUAGCAAUUUCACUCCGCAAGUACUCUUUACAUUUUCUUUCAUUUUUCACCAAAAUCACAUGGCUCCUUUCGCCUCACUCUUCCCUCUUCUCCUCCUGCUUCUCACAUCGUCUUUCAUAUUUUCCAAAAAUGGCGCGUUCGUCAGAUUCGCAGCGGGAAAGAUCCACAUUACCGAUGACCUAGACGACGUCGUCGACGACGAAGAAGACGAGUCCUGGAAGGAAUGGGGCAAGAAAUCGCCACCUUCUUCGGAUGACGACCUCAAGCCCAGCGAUUUCUCCAAAAUGGACAUGCCUAAGAUCCAGGCCGAGAUGAUGAAACGCCAAUCCGGACCAGUCUUCGGCUUCGUCAAGCUCCGAUUGGGAGUCAAACGAACUCGGGAUACGGUGUCCGAGACGGCUAUGAAAUGGACAAAGGUUCUGAAAACUGGAGCUAUUGAAGCUAAGUUCAUGGGAGUUGAUCUCAGCACUAUCAUGUUCACUAUGGAAAGAGGACAAGAUGUUUCAGAGGUGAAAGAGUUUGUGUUGGGCCAAGAAGAGGCAUAUGAGGUGAAAAUUGGGGAUCAAGUUUUUCGAAGGCCCGGAGAUCCUCCAUUGGAGGAAGUUGUUGAGGAGCUCCAGAAGAAGAAAACGACGACGCAGAAGGAUGGAAAUGUGAAAGAGGAGUUAUAGUUAGAGUGAUAAGAAAUCAACUAAUAGUUCUAAUCAUUGUUAGGUUGAUGAUUUGAUUUGCUACUCGCUUUCUUUCUUAAGUAUCUUACUAUUACAUAUCAAGCCAUCCAUAGACUAGUGACAAGUACUGAAACACUUCAAUCAAUUCUUAAGAAGAUGAAUUUGAAUAAUCUGAUUUCCUUCUUCAGUUA